CUGACAGGCAGGCUCAGUGUGCAUGUGACAUUUUUAGAUGGUGGACAAUUGCACGUUUGCACGUUCGGUUUCACUGUUUACACACCGAGGGCGCAGGUACCGGGACCAGCGAUCAUGAGUGAAGUGCUUUACCGAAAAAACCGGGAGGAAUAUAAUGAUGACUUUGAGAAGGAUCUGGAUUGGCUGAUCAGUGAGGAAAGUCGGGGUGAGGAGCAAGGUCCUGACUACGAGGACAUUGAGGCGGACAUCAACAAAGAGCUGGCCAAUGACGAGAAACAGCAACAAGAGGAGAGCGGAGACAACAACUCGAACAAGCAGGAAGAUGAUGAAGAGAGGUGGCCCUCACCAAUGGAACCACUUGAGUACGACUCUGACAGAGACAGCCUUAUGAAGCCCUUUCGUACAACACCACCUCCUUUGGGUCUUGGUGAGCAGACAGAAGAGGAGAAAAAGUACGUCCUAGAGAAAAUCCAACAGGCCAACAAGGAGCUGCGGGAUCAGGACGCUCCAGAUUUGCGCCGGAGGCGGCGCCUUCAGUUCAAAGACAAUCUAGUUACCUUGGUAGUGCCUCCGGUGAAGUUUGAAAAUGACGCCGGGGAGGUGGAAGUGUCAGGGAGAUUAUCUGAGCUGAAAUUGUCACCUCGAGGGGAGGACAGUGGAGAGAAGAGAGAUGAAGGGCUAAAGGAGGGAAGGAUCCUUAUGGAAAAAGAUGGCAGGUUUCAUCUUGUCAGUCUCAAGGAAGUGGAAAAUCAAAGCCUCCUUCCUCCGAUCGUACAGGAUCACAUGGGGAAGAGCUCCACGUCCACCCACUCAUCAUGUUCCUCCUUCGGAACUUCUCCCUCCUUUCAGAAGGCCGAUCCCCUCCGGGGUCCCAGACCUCCAGUAAGGUCCAGCUCGGCCUGUUACAACUACAGAGGAGGACAGAGAAGAGGCACCAAACGGAGGGUACAGUCAGCCAGCGGGACACCCUCCCAGGCUACGUUUAAGCUCUCACCCCAGCAGAAGGAAUUGCUGCAGAAGGCCCAGGAAAAGAAGGAGAAGAUGGCCAGAGAGGCCGAGCAGAGGAAGUUGGAGGAAGAAGAGCAGAGGAAGCAGGAGAACGAGCUGGCUUUCAAGGCCUGGCUGAUGAGGAAGAGAGAGCAGCUGCAGCAUGAGAGGAGAAUCCACAGAGCUCAGGAGAUGGAGAGGAUGAAUUCUCAGCAGAGGGACUCCAGUGUGGCAGAAGAGGCCUUCCGGCUGUGGCUGCAGAGAAAACAGGAGCAGCAACAGCGAGAGAAGCAACUGGUACAGCUGAGGAAGUUGGAGGAAGACAGUGGUUAUCUUCUGCGGAGCAGAGAGGAGUGUGAACGUGCCUUCAAAUUGUGGCUGACCCGAAAGCGGGCGGAAAAGCGGGCGGAGCAGCAGGCGACUCGGGAGCGGAUACGCAGGUUCGCUCUGGAGGAGAGGCGUGCACGGCGUAUGCGUGAACUGUUGUGCAUAGCCAGCGACAACAGGACGUUCCGAUUCACGGAUCAGAUGACCUGUCACUUCUGAAAUAACCAUUUGUCCAUCGUCCCUUUGCCAUCCUCAUUAGGGUCACGGAUAAACUGGACCCAUGAAAAAUACCAUGACAAAAUCAAUUGGGAAGAUUCCAGCACAUGACGGGGGUCACUUACAUGUAUUCGAACCCACACGUUCUGUCUCCCAUAUGGUAAAACAAUUCAGCGCACCAGUAGAACUAGAGUGGACUGGUAGAAUGACAGUCUUAUCUGUUUUUAUUUUUUUAAGUGUUUUUUUUGUUUAUUUUUCCACUACUGUAUGAAAUUCCCAUACACACUAUAGUGAGAUAACUACUGAGGUGAGAAGAGUAGCCAAAAAUUUUACUCAAGUAAGAGUGGCGUUACUUCAAAAUAAUAUUGCUAAAGUAAAAGUAGUCGUCCAAAAAAUGUACUGAAGUACGUACAAAUAUAAAAGUAUUUGGUGAAAAGAAUACUCAAAUAAUGAGUAACAUGUAACGGCUUAGGAUUUUUUUUAUUACACAAUGGCCGCUUUUUUAUCAGUUAUCUAUAUGAACUCCUAUUAUUUAUAUUGUACUAUAACCUAUUACAUAACCACUUUAAGCCAAAGAAAUACCCCCAAUUUUUUUUUUUUUUUUAAAUCAUUCAGUUCUGGCAAGAGAAAAAAAAAAAUCAACAGAAAUGAAGCAUUAUUCGUCCAAAGAGCAUGAGUGCCCUCUAUUGGAGAAAACAUAUUUCCUAUUCUGAAACUAAAAGGAUCAUAUCUCUGGGUUUCCAUGUUCAAUCGGUGCCAAAUAAAAACUGGGAGAAAUGUUAAAAUCUGUGCUUUCGAGUCAUGUUAGCUGCUGCGUACUUUGUCCCCCCCCAAAAUUUUUUGACAGUGCUUGAACGACACUACGUGAUUGAACAGGCCGGCGUGAUCUUAGAACAGCAAGCUUGAGUUUGAUUGGUAUAUUGGAGUCGUGAUUAUUAUUGCGACGUCUCAUUGGUGAAACUGAUUGAGCCACUGUUGGCAUCUCUGGCAAAAAAGUCAAAUCUAAUAUGUAGAAUAAAGAGGAAAAACGACUAGUGUAGCCCAAGGUAGCGGAGUAAGAGUAGCGUUACUUGUUCACAAAUCUACUCAAGUAAAAGUAAAAAGUAUGGCUUAGUAAAACUACUCGUAGAAGUACAUUUUUCUCAAAAAGUUACUCAAGUAAAUGUAAUGGAGUAAAUGUUACAUGUUACUACUCACCUCUUGAUAACUAGUAAGGCAACAUGUCACUGAUGAUGCAAAAAUAUGUGCAUUAUUAGUAAAACUAGCAAGAUGUUAACUAGUUGCCACUUGUAACAAAUAGUUCUAUUAUACAGUAUAAAUAAUAUAACACUCAGGUGACUGGAAGUUCAGAGAUAUGGUCAAAUUCCAAAAUGAUCUUAUAUGCAUGUGAGACACAUCAUUGGAAACCUUAAAAUCUCAAUUUUCUGGGGUAAGGAAAAUUUUAAACAGGAGGGCAUUUAAAAAAAUGUAACCCCUAAACCCUAACUGGAGGUGAGAGCAUUAGAAAGCAUAAUUAAAGACACCAUGAUUUUAACGAGAUAUUAUCGCGUAUUUACCUUGUUUCAAUCCAAAAACUCAGUGUAGCACGUCUCACCGAGUGUCAAGAAACAGCUGUGAAUGGCUACAGGUGGACUUUUUGGUGAUUUUAUGGUCAAACACGGUAAUAUAACAAGGGUCGCAAUGCAGAAAUCGCAGACAUCAAGGAAUGACCGAGAAUUUUUAAAAAUAUUUACCUUUUUAAACGCUUUUAUUUUUUUAAAUUUUUCUUUGUUUGGAUCGAUUAUUUACCAUUUAAAAUAUCGGAGACAAUGCGACAGUAACAAAAAAAAUACAAUUAAGCGAUAGUUAUGAGGUAGAUAUCCGUGACCUAUUUACAGGCACUUUUUCAUUGUUUUUUUUUUUCAUGGUGAUGUAAUUUGUUUAAACUUUGAAAUAUGCGAAUGAACAAUUAUAAAGUUUUUUGUUUUUUUUUUCUUUAAUAUAAGACAUCAAUUAAUGAUUGUAGGCUAAAAAUAAUAGACAUUUCGAAUAAUAAAUAUAAUUACUUACCUUCUUUUUAUGGCUGGGUUGAAACAAAAGCAGUUGCGCGGUGUCUGUAAAUGGGGGUCUCCAGGGUAAAACGGACAAAUUAAAAAUAGUUUGUGGGCUUAAUGUGCCAUGAAACUGCUAUGGCAGCAUAUAGACAUAUUGUUCUAUCAACACAACAGUUCUUUUGGCUUAAAAUACAGCAGUUUAUUUUAAAGAGGGGUGCAAGAGCAGAAACUGCUUUUUCAGCCUUGUCUGUGUUUUCCGGCAUAUAUAUACUGAACGUCUAGCAUCAAGUGCCGUCAAUGGCACAGACAUUCACAGCCAGUCUUUCCAGUUUAAAUGAAUUGGAUGUCUUUUGCCAUCAACUGCAUGCAAAAGGUUAAAUGGUAUGAAAAAAAAAAAUCAACUUUAGUGUGUUACUUGGUGCCAUAUACUGUGUAUUUCUGUUUUCAAUCUUAAUUCCAUUAAGUUUCAUUAACAUUGUAUUCAUUUAUAUAUGUAUCUGUAAUUAUUAAAACGAUAUUAAAUUGAUAAAUAUAUGAAAAACACAUCGUUAUCUGUAAUAAUAGUAAUGAAAAUAUGCUCUUGCUCUAUGAAGGGUUAAAUGUCUUACGUGUCAACUUUUCAAUAGUUGUCCACUGUAGUGACCAGUCCCUGAAGGGGUUUUAAAUACAGUACUAGUGGUCAAAAAGUGGCGCUAGUGGUGGAAAAAAUGUAUUAGUAAUCUUCAAACAUUCUGCUAGUGCGCUGAACCGUCUUACCCAAGAAGGACCCUUUAGGGAGAGCAUGUACGCUUGGAGCCAGAGUUCCAUGUAGUGUUCAUUUAGCAAAAUGAGUAUAUUUCUUGUAGUAGUGGGAGCUUCUUACGAGGGAGUAUCAUCACUUGAAUUUUUUCAUCAAACGUUCACUUGAUUUGCUUCAUCAUGAAUUACCAUUUUAAAAAGCGACAUCUGUCGCUCUUAUUUUUGUUUUUUCUUUUUUAAUGAGUUCAGAUUUUGUUGUUUUCUUAAAGUACAUUCACCACAGUGACCUCUCAGCCUACAUGUGUACAUUAUAUUUAGGUUUUCAACUUCAACAAACCUGCGACCCUCGUGAGGAUAAGCGGUACGGAAAGUGAAACUUGGACAAAAGAGCAGUGCUGUGCAUCUUAGAGCCAAUGUAUGUUGAUAAGAUAUUUUACUGACUAUACUGUACAAAUUAAUGUAUAAAAUAUAAACUAUACAGUAAGUCGGUAAAAACUUGUGACGAUAUUCAAGCACAACUGUGUGACAUUAAAGUAUGCAUGUGAAAGAAUAAAUCAAAUAAAA